UACUUUGCUGAAAUCAUGGUAGAUAAAUAUAACAUCUUGACCUCCUUUUUAUCCCUAAAAUCAGAUGCAUCAGAAGAUACACAAAUCUCUCUCAACAAAAGAUCAGAAAAAAUGGAAGAUAUCCCAAAGCAAUGUGAAAAUAUCCCCUCUUUGGUUGCAUUUGAAAAUCUCAAAGCAAAUGUGACUGCCAUGACGCUAACCUUGUUGGUGGAGAACAUAAGUGACCUGUCCAGUGAUGAUUUUGAAGUGGAAAUAAUAAGAGAUUUUGAUGUUGGCGUAGUUACCUUUCGAAAAUACAUAGAUACCAUAAAAUUUGUUGAAGAUUGUGCCAUGCACCAUUCAGUGACACAACUUCAGCUUUCUCCAAGACUUCUGGAAAUGACAAAAACUAUCAGGGUUGAAAACCUGCCGCCUGAUGUUGACUCCUAUAAUUUGAAAUGUUUAUUUGAAAAUCCUCAAAAUGGAGGGGGAAGAGUUGUCAGUAUUGAAUGUUUUACUGAAGAAGAAGGGAACCCUUAUGAGACACCUAUUGCACUGUUAGACACCAUCAUGACCAAGGAGCUUGACCUCAAUAAUAUGCCGCUCUCUGUGUUCCCAUAUUAUACCUCCUUGGGCAUAGUUUUGUAUGGAAAGGAGAAGCCUCUGAUCAAGCUUCCAGCACCAUUUAAAGAAUCUUUGGAUCUUUCUUUAUGGGGCAUCAGGUCUAGAUUUAAAGUUAGUCCAUUUAAAGUGGACCCAGUAGUGUGGGACAUCAUGAAAAAUGACUUAGAAGAUGAAAGAAUUUUGAUUGAAUAUGAUACAGGUAUGGGGAUUGUAACCUUAGUGGGGAAAUCAGAGGAUGUACAAAACAUUGAGCCACAAAUCAAGGAGUUAAUAGAAAAGGCCACUCAAAAAGUUAAAAGAGAAGAGCAAAGUCUGAAGGAGAAAGUGGCCAUGUCUCCAAGAAAGUAUUCUCUUUUGUGCCACAGCGGUGUGCAGGAGCGUCUCCACAGGGAGUGCCCAGAUAUGGAGAUUUUUUAUGACAGAGCCACCCAACACAUGUGCUUUAAAGGACACAGUAUAGACGUGUAUAAGGCAAAGUGCGAAGUCCAGGAAAAGGUGUACACCAUGGUUCAGAAAAGCAUUCAGCUUCCCCCUGAGGUUUUGCAGUUUUUGCAACAGGCUGACUGUUCAGAACUCUCCAAGUCUCUUUUGAUAGCACAGAAAAUUCUUGCAGUUUAUGAGCUAGAGGGCACAACUGUUUUCUUAACCGGCUGUUCUUCUGAAGUCCUCUUAGAAGCUGAGAAGCAAAUGGUCAGGGCCUUAAGUUAUAAGUGCAUAGACAUUGAGGACAGGGAAUUUCUUAACAGCAAGAAAUGGAAAGCCAUCACUAAGAAUUUGCCAAAGAAACAUAAUUCCUCCUCAAAGACUGUAACGAUCAAUGAGUUAACUUCAGGAACCACAGCUGAGGUCAUUAUUGCAGGCUGCGUGAGAGAUGUAAAUGAAAUCUAUCACUUCCUUUCUGACUUUGUGGAAAAAAACAUGAAAAUAGAGAGAUUCCUUGAAGUAAAGCCUCCCUUAGUUAUUGAUUAUUUAAAGGCAGAGAAGAAGCUAUUCUUGCAAAAGAUAAAGAUGAACAAGCUAAAGGUUCAGGUAGAUUUUAAUUCUAGGAACAAACCGAAAGGCAUUUUACUAACUGGCUCAAAGGCCGAAGUCCUGGAGGGAAUGAACAUUCUCAAACAAGCCAGGGAUUCAGUUUGUGUUAAAAGCAUCAGUAUUGAUAAGCCAGGAGCCAGCCAGUCCUUCCAGGAUAAACCAUGGUAUUAUAAACGUGAGGUACGGUCAUUUGGUUGUUUUGUAGAACUACUGCAGAAUGAAGGAAAGAAGGAGGGAGGUGGGAGAGAUGGGCAGAAGUCCAUCCCUGCUUUUAGUUCUGGAGAUGGUGGCUUUCCCUUAUCCCAGUGUGUUGAGGCCAUUGUUUUGGCAAUCAAGGAAUUUUUCCAGUAUAACUGGACUGGAUACACCUUGAAAGAGGUUUACCUUGUGGAUUUAGCUGAGAAGACUGUUGAGGCCUUUGCUGAAACUGUGAAAACUGUAUUUAAAAACAACAAGCCUGAUGCUGCUUCCCUGCCCAGUGUACCUGCAGGAGUCCAGCCGGGCCCGAGAAACAGUGAUGGAAACAGAAAAAUGCUGCUGUGCCCAGGAGGUCUGAGGAUCCUGUUGGUGAAAGGAGACGUGCAGAAUGCUACGGCUGAUGUUGUCGUCAACUCCAUUCCUCGGGAUCUCAACCUUAAUAGCGGGCCCCUUUCUAAGGCCCUCUUGGCAAAAGCUGGGCCAAAUCUCCAGAAGGAAUUGAAUGCAGCUGCACAAGGGAUAGCUGUUGACGUGGGCACAAUUCUUCAAACCAGUGGUCAGAGUGUGUCCUACCAAGUGCUUCACGUGGUGGCUCCGAACUGGAACAAUGGUGACACAUCUUCACUCAAGAUCAUGCAAGACAUAAUCAGAAAAUGUUUGGAAAUCACUGAGAACUUGUCCUUAAACUCAAUUGCAUUUCCAGCCAUAGGAACAGGCAAUUUGGGGUUUCCUAAGACUGUUUUUGCUGAAUUGAUCAUUUCAGAAGUGUUCAAAUUUAGUAGCAGCAAUCAACCAACAACUUUACAAGAGGUUUGCUUUCUGCUGCACCCAAGUGAUCAUGGGAAUAUUCAGGCAUUUUCAGAUGAAUUUGACAGAAGAGCUAAUGGAAAUUCCAUCAGUGACAGAAUUCCCAAGGCUCAGAAUACACAAGGUUUGUAUGGGACUGUUACAAGCCCUGCUUCAGGAGUGUAUGAAAUGAAAAUUGGCCCCAUCACCUUCCAGGUGGCCACUGGAGAUAUUGCUAAAGAAGCAGCAGAUGUGAUUGUGAAUUCAACAACAAAGACAUUUGAUCACAAAGCAGGGGUCUCCAAAGCAAUUUUGGAAAAGGCUGGACAAAAUGUGGAAAUAGAAUGUUCUCGUCUAGCUCAACAGCACAACAAUGGUUAUAUAAUUACUGUAGUGGUGCUGAGUCUAAGACGUGCUCAACAAGACCCAGAUAAGGUUGCUGAAGCCAUAAUGGAUGCCAUUGAAGACUUUAUCCAGAAAGGACUUGUCCGGUCUAUGAAAAAAGUUAAAGUUGUUAUCUUUCAACCUCAAAUAAUGGAUGUGUUUUUUGCCAACAUGAGAAAAAGAGAAGGCUCCCAGGCGCCCUCACAGUCUAUAGUGUCUAAAAUUGCAUAAUUUUCUGACUUCUCAAAGCAACCUCUCCACAGACGAAAGCCUUUGGUUUUGGAGAAGAAAACAGAAUCAGCAAUUUUUCAGGUGUGUGGUGAAAAUGAAACAUCUGUAGAAAACGCCCUCUCCUGCCUACAGAAUCUGAUGGAAAAGGAACAGAGUCUUUACACCAGUGAAGAGGAAUGUAUCAAAGACUUUGAUGAAAAGGAAUAUCAGGAAUUGAAUAAGCUGCAGAAGGACUUGAAUAUUUUGGUGGAAUUGGACCAUCAGAAACCUUUGAUUAAGGUUUCAGGGAUUAGCAGAGAUGUGGAACAGGCUAGAAAUGCAGUUGAGGAGAUGAUCAAGACAGUUAGAUCAGCCAAAGAGCAGGAAUCCAGAGCAGAUUAUAUCACUGAGUUUGUAGAAUGGCAAUAUGACGACAAUAACACUUUUCGUAGUUUUGACAAAAUAACCAAUAUGAAAUUGGAGGAGGCAAGAAAAAAACAGGGAAAAACAGUUGAUGUCCAAAUUAAUAAUCAGAACUACACAGUGGACGUGAAAACAUGCAUUGCUACAGGUGCAAACGGACACAGUUUACAAAUUCAGCGCAUCAUGAAACCUCAAGUUGAGAUCCCUGGACACUGGAGUGAUAUGAAGCAGCAGCGUGUCUGUCUGGUUGAGCUACAGCCUGGUCAACCAGAAUACAGCAAAGUGGCAGACCUGUUCCAAAUCUGGGAGGGUUUGUAUGGGACUGUUACCAGCCCCACUUCAGGAGUGCACGAAAUGAAAAUUGGCCCCAUCACCUUCCAGGUGGCCACUGGAGAUAUUGCUAAAGAAGCAGCAGAUGUGAUUGUAAAUUCAACAACAAAGACAUUUGAUCACAAAGCAGGUACUUUAUUUGUAGGACUUUUGCUACAGUAA